GUCCCAACCCUGACUUCCUGUCUUCCGACUACACAAAUAAUUUUUUUCGUCUUUACACACAAUGACCACCCGCAAGAGAAAGCAGGACACCGAGGAGCUCGUGGCACUCCCAUCCGACGAGUCUGAGGAGGAAGAGGAAUACGCCGAAUCAGAGGGAUCCAAUUUCGACGAAGACGAUUCCGAGGCCUGAAGCACCUCCUCCAAAGAAAAAGGCCAAGCGCACCAAGGCCAAGGAUGCUGAAGACGACGAGGAUGAAGAGGAAGAUGAAGACGAUCUCGAAGACGAGGGCUCCGAUGACGAUGCCGAGGAGCCUGGUGACAGUGACGAUGGUGAAGACGCUGGUCCACCAUCAAAGAAGCCUGCUGGUGCCGAGAAGGACCGGAAGGUAAAGACCACCAAGAAAGACGAGCCCGUUCCUGUUGUCGAUGACGAUGAGGACGAAGACUAAGCUCAUCCCGCACUGUACACAGUAGUUUUGUAGCGAGCAGAAAAGUCCAUAAAUGAUCAGUCACCAAAGUCCAG